GACGCAUCUCUGAAACUGACCAGCCGAGGAGGAUCCCAUCGAGAGAAAAAUCACACUUUGCGCGCUCCGGAGGUGGAACAGUCAAAAUGAUGUGCAAGCGGUGCGACAGUGAGCUGUAUUGAUGGACGUGUUAACAGACACUUGUCUCACAUUGAUGGUGAAGACUUCAGAGCUAGAGAUUCCAAAUGUGGAAAACACAGGGGUAUGUGAGCAGAGUGGUGAUCUGAGUCUGUGCGGACUCGUCAAUGCUGCUCUCCCUCCAUCCUCCUCGCCUCCUCCUGCCGCAGAGACUUUGCAGCGGGCCUGCACAACACGCCAGAGGACCACUCCUACAUCAGCAUCUCUUCGCCUGCCUGUUGGCACAGACCCCUCUCUCUGCCUGACAGUGGCCCCCUGCCCCUCCUCUGAUGAUGCUCCAUCUGUAGUCCCCCACCUCCUCCACGCUUCCACGUCGCUUCCCAACCCAACUGUAAGCACCUGGAGUCCAGCAGGAGACACAAAGAAACCCCCCCCUGCACUGCCUGUCUCCCUCCCGCUGUCAUCUACAAUGAUGGAGCCUAGCCCCGUGUCCGCCCUGACAGAGGAAUGUCUUCUUCAGCCAGCAAGAAACUGCCUCGGCUGUUACAUCGAAACCCGUGACACUUCGGAUGCUUCUGCCAUCCAAAACCCAUCCCAUGACCCCAACCCCAACACAGACCCCGGACUAAGUGUUCGGAUAGGAGAUGUAAGCCGAGAAGACUACUCUGACAUCAACAACAUCAGCAUCCAGUGCCUGAGCCACGCAGGGGAGGCAGCCAGUCAUUAUGGGGAACAGCUCCUCUCUGACCAGCUGCUCAGCUUUCCCCUGGCCAAAACCUCCAGUGAGGGCAAGAGAGCAGAUGGCAACAAAGCAACAGUGGACUGUGAAGACCCAGAAGACGAUGCCACAGCUAAGAACCUGUAUGAGGGACUGUUACUCGACAAAGUCAGUGGAGAAGAGGCUCUGCUGGCGAACGCGGGUCAGGACUGGGGCUACUUUGAGUCUUUCAUCAGUGAGAGUAAGAUGGAGCUGCUAGACCUUUGCUCCAAGAACGAACUGUCAGUCAAUCUUUUCUCUGAGGAGGAUGUUGACAAUCUCUUUGAUGAUGAAGACGAUGAUUCAACGCUAAGCAGUGACGUGUGCUCGCUGAAGAUCCGCUACGAGUCUUUCCAGGACAACAUGAGAGAAAAGACAAAUGUGCUUCAGGAGGAGACGCAGUUUAACUUCUUCCCCAGUGUCCUGAACAACUGUGCCAAGAAAGAGGAGGGAGCAGCAGUAUUGAAGAGGAGCGCUGAGGGUCUGCAACCCAAAGCUGAUGAGCUCAUCAUGGUGACAGCACAGGAGGUGAAACCCGGAGAUUGCGGUGGCUCACUUGAUGACUCUCAAGGCUCCCCAAUGUCCACCUCCAAAGUCAGCUACCUAAUAGACUUCAACUCCACGGAGGAGUCAGGGGAGUUCAGUGAUGACAGCUCCUGUACUGGCUCCUCCUCAGACACGCUGCAGGAGGGCAGGUUCAAAAAGGGUCACUCGAAAAGAUUUCUCAGCCCCUCAAACCCUCUCAAUUACGGCCUGCGCUCCAAGAGGAAGGUUCGAUACAGUGACGAUUACCUGUAUGACGUCGACUCGCUUGAGAGUGAAAAGAAUGCAGAGAAAAAGGAGAAACCGCCCACCGGGCAAAAAGAAGAGGAGGAUGUGGAUUGGUGCCCCAAAAAGCGGCGGAAAUCCUGUCGCAAAGAGCCACCCGUGGUCAUCAAGUACAUCAUCAUCAACAGGUUUAAAGGGGAGAGAUUCAUGUCGGUGAAAUUGGGCAAGUUGGACCGGGUGGAAGAGACUGUGAGCUUAAAUGCAGACACAGUGGGCAAAUAUGAGACACUGGCUCCUCUGAAGGCUUUCUGGCAAGAGAAGCAAAGAGAAAGGCAGGCACAGCUUAAGCUGGCUGAAAGAGAUAAACAACAACGCGGUUUUCAUCUAAACGGACGCCAUCAUCGGCCUUUCAAUUCUAGUCAUCCCAAAAGGAAAUACAAGAUUGCAAACAGGCUUAAGGUUCAGAGGAUUCACACUGUGGAGCAAUCAGCAACAGCACAGGACUCUCCUCUCUCUGAUCAGGGCCAAGGAGGUGUCACUAAAGAGGAGGCCACCCCCACAGUAAGAGGAAUAAUAGCGGCCCCAGGCCUCCCCGUCACAUUAGACACAAACUCCAUCACACACACAGUCACGGCAAAGAGCCGCUCCCAGGAGAGGGAGGAAAGGGAGGGGAGAAGAUUGGGAGGAAAUAAAACAUUCAGGAUAAGGAAAUUCAAAAGCGAAGCCAGGCUGAGGAGCAAGAAAAUGAAAGAGGCAGAAGGAGAGGAGGGGAGGAGCGUGACAAAUGAAGCGGAUGCCUGCGUCUCUGCGGCACAGAUUGAGGACCCUACUGCGGGGUUAGAACAGGGAGGCAUUAGUUCAACUACAGCUAAACCCAAUUUCUCUGACAAUGCCACCACUGCUCAGGCAUCUGAGGAAAAAUUCCCCUUUGUUUCAUCCACCUGCUCUCCUGACAAAGCGCCCUCCUCAGAGGAGGUGGAGACGGGUGUCCCUGUUAUCCCUGGAGGCUACCUGCAGACCCUGUUAGAUGCCACAGACUCCUCCAGCGGAGCAGCUAUCUCCUAUUUCCCGCAGCAGUCUUCUAGGCAGCAGUAUCCUCUGGGGCUCUCCCUGGAGGAGAAACAGUUUUCCUCUCUGCAGCUUGCUCAGAGCUGUGUCCUCUCUCCUCCGUCGGAGUCAGAGCUCCAACAGUCACCGCAGAACUGCCCCAGCUUCCCCCAGAUGUGGCACCCACAACUCUGUGCAAAUCACAGCCAAAGCUUUGGGCCCGAGACCCCCGAGACUCCCAUCUUACCCAACAACUUCCCAGCUGCGGUGCCCCUGAAUGACAACCUGCCAGUAUCUAACUACAGCCAGCUGAGCCCGGAGGCUGACAGGCUGCUUUAUGAGAAGAGCUACCUGACUGAGGCGGGGCUCCAGCCUGGGGCAGAUCUGCAAGUGUGUCAGUCUGCCUGUGUGGAGGGCCAGGUGCAAUACCAGAGAGGGUCCCUGAGCACAGACAAUGGUAGGCUCAUCAGUUAUGACUCAGUGGGUUCUCUGUCAGCCUCCUCCAGCAAUUAUAGUUCUCUCAGUCUCAAGUCUUGUGAGCGGGAGGGCGAGGAAGAGGGCCGGGACGGCUUCUUAACUCACUGCAGUCCGAAACUGGUGAUUCAGCAGAGUGUAGAUGCCCUCACGCCACUCAGGGAGUCCUCUGACUUGCUGGAUAUUUCCAACUUCACUCCUGACAAGUUCAGACACUCGUCACUGUCAGAACUGUCCCCUCCUGAGACCCCCAACCUGUCCCCACAGGUGGUGGGGCGUGAGAUGAAGAUGGCGGGAAAUGUCGGAGAAUACCAGGAUGUGAACGAAAUGACUGUGGAUUGUAACAUGGAGGUGAAGUGGAACUGCGAGACCAUACAGCAACAGGAGCGCACAACAAAUGCCUACAUAGUGGAGGACGGCCAGUUCCCACUGCACAGCUUUAACAGUCAAGAAGUCGGGGGUUUGGAUAAAAAAGAUGAGUUUGAUGGGCAGACUGGUGACAUGUUGGAUGGUGCAAAAAGCAUAAAGUCAAAGAGGAAAAGUAGUUGCAAACAGACAAGUGUGGGACAGAGUCCAAAGAAAGCACGGGCUCCCAGAGCUCCCAAAUCCGAAAAGGUCAAAACCCCGAAGCAGAACUCUCGGUCCACCAAAAAGAUAAAGGCCAUGUUAGAAGGGAAGGCAGCAAAGAACCAGGCAGGUGGCACAGGCCUGACUGACAGUAGCAGUACUGGGGACUGGUCUGGCACUGGCUGGUCAGAGAGUAACAGCCUGGUAGGGGAUGACCAGAGAGAGUUUGAGGAGCCCUCCAACAUUCUGUCCAACAUUGUCUCCGGCAUGGCCGAGGUCCAAAGGUUUAUGAUGGCCUCUAUUGAGCCACUGUGGAAUCCCAUGUCAGAGGCCUGCAUGCCCUCGGAGGCCAACAGCCUCAACCUUAAGACCCUCAAAAUCUUGGCAGGGACGGAGGCCGACCUGAAGAAAAAAGGAGCCGUGCUGACGGGGGCUGGCAGAGGCAGGAAGCCUGGGGGAAAGGGAGUGAAAAACCAGGCCAAAUUCAACCCCUCGCAUCCCUUGUUCCCUCAGCUAGCACUGGGCUGUAACAUGUUUGACAAACCAAACUUUAUUAACCCGGGGCCCGCGCACAAAAAGCUGUACCGUCACAAGACCAGUGCAAAGUUCCCUCGCAUUGAGACGUUGAAGGGGAAGCGAGCUGAGAGAGACCCAAAUAAGGACAUAGCACUGAUGACUUCUUUUGAGAAACUGAGGUAAUAUUUUGUUAUCAGCUGCUAAUGUGACCCCCUUCUCACUCCCCCACCCCACUACCUGCUCAGCCCUCCCUCCCAAGCAUACCUACACUGACGCAAUGCCAGAGCUGCAUGAGUGCUACGUUUCCCCCCCCAACUACUCCCACUUCCUUUUUAACCCCCCUGAAGAGGAAAUUAAUAUCUGCAUGAAAAACUUCUUGUACUUUGCAAACUACCUAUUGAGUGAUUGUGUCAAGCUUGAUUGAGAUUGGAAAUGACCAUGGCUGCAUUUUUUUCUUGCUUUUGUUGUUUCUGCUUUGUUUGUUCUUCUAAUGGUUGUUUUUUUUUUGUUUUUUUUUUUUUUUUGCAAUUAAUUUUGUCAAAUAAGAAAAAAAAAAAAGAGGAUGAGCUUUGAAAAACAGCUCUUGUCGCCUUUUUGAUGAACUUUGUUUUUGUAUUUUCCCAGCAGAACAAGCUCUCCUGUAUUCUAUCAUUCUUUUCCCUCUUUUUUCCCCCCCUAAAGAUGUAGCUAUAUACACAAAUGCAUUGAGUGACAUCUACGCAACCCCCUCCUCUUCCCUCUCCUCAUCUGUUUUUUGUAUGCAGAAUAUGGAUGUCCUGUUGUUGCUGUCCUUCAUACACUGCCUGGCUCAUUUCAAGAGGGAAACCUACAGUUAUUGAGCCCUGUUUAAGUCCAAGACAUCUUAAACACACGAGAUGGGACCAUUUUGUAUUGAUGACAUAUCAGACGUUUUUUUUUUUUCUUUUUUUUUGUUUUCCUCCCUUUCUUAAGGUCGGAAUGACUCCCCCAUUCCCCUUUUAUUGAGCAUUUCUUUUUCCUUAUGGAGUUUAGAUGAACUGACGAUCUAAAUUAACAUUUUUACGCCUUGCAAAUUCAUAAAAGCUCCACCCUCAGAGUAUUUUUGUCAAUGUUGUUGUACAGGGACAUGCAAUAUUUGCAUAAAAAAAAGAUGAUUAUUAUCUUAAAAUCAAUGUGCCAAAAGUAACAAUGCUGUGUAAAUGACCUCUUAUAUAUGUAUGAAUAUUGGCUGUUCCUCUUUUCUAUCCAUUGGGAAAUAUUGGCUGCUCGGGUUGGAGGCUCCUCACAGAGACUUGCAACUACAGGAAUUCUGUUUUUUAUUUUAUUUUAUUUUACUGUUAUGAUUUUUUUUUAGACUUUUUUCCUCUAUUCUCUGAUGAAAGGCACCAACAGCUGGCAGUGGUACGCCACCACUCACUAAACCAAAUCCGUAAGACUGAAUUCUCCUCGUCCCCCACCCACCAACUUGCUUUGUUUGCCAAAUUCCGUUUACCUCAACAUUGCCUGGCACUGAGAAGCAACAAAAGAGAGGCAAAGGGAAGAUGGGCUCUGAAGCCGACUGUAAAGGAAGGGGAUGGAGGAAAGAAAAUAAAAGCAAGACAUUAUCAUCAGCUCCCUUUUUUUGGACCACCUUUAGUGGAGCGAACGUGGCUGAGGGUAAAGCAAGGGAAUCACUUGUCACUUGGGGCUGUGCCUCAUGAGAUGGCUGUUUGUACUGGAAAUUUAAGGGGAGAUUACUAUAAAUCUGAUGCGUGCAUCAGCAGUGAACAGACAAUUUUUUUGCAGUAACUGUGAAUAUAAAAAAAAAGCAGUUUUCAGUACAAAUGGGACCAGUAGUCUUGUAAAUGAAGGAAACGCAUGUCUUUGCAUUUUAUCUUGCCUGAAACAUUUGAACUUUUCUUGACUUGGUUGUGUUAUUCAUUUCGUAACAUUGCCUUACUUUCUGAGUUGCACCUCUGUGGUCUCAUGCUUUUGGGUUUCACAUAAUGUCUGAAUUGAGCUGAUUUGUUUACAUUUUGUAUUUUUUUUAAUGUUGCCCCAGCUUUUAUUCUGAAAGCAGAAAUUAUAUUUAAGGCCACAAACAGAACAGCACACACUGGAGAAAAUGACAUAUUUAUAUAUAUAUGGGUAUUAUUGAAUGCAGUGAAUUCCCUACAUUAUCAGUUACUUUGGGCUCAUUCACUACCUCAGAGCACUGAAAUAAAACAUCUCGAAAUCCACUUUAAAAAAAAGAAAAGAUCAUACAAUCAUAUUCAAUCAGUUAUGAAAUCUUUAGAUUUUAUAAGCUUAAAGGGAUUUCAGGAGGAAUGCAGAGCCAAUCAAGCAGUUACAGAAGAUCAUUUUUUGUGUCCUUAAAAACAAGGCCUACAUUUUCUCUGUUUUGCAAACAAUAAUGGGAUUUUCAGCAGUGGUUACAUGGGACUGCAUGGAGAUUUGCUGGCAAUUUAAUUGAUUAGUUUCAAAACAGACCUUAUCACCCUGGAUAUGGCAAUUCUGACACACACAGGUUUUUAGUAAGUGAUUGCUUGCAUAUUUAAGGCAAGAAUCACAAUCAAUCUUUCUGUGUCGCUUUUUCCACUGUUUUUCUGCCAUGAUCUGUUUUUUAUUUCUUUUUCUUUUUUUUUCUAUAGUGUAUCAGGGUUAGGACCAAGACAAGCUGCUGAUGGGAAGCUUCACAUGGGCUGCAGGCCCAUUUAGUCUGCCUUCUCUCGUUUCUGCCUAUUGUCAAAUUGAAUGUACUUCUCUGAGUUCAUAGUUUAUUAUAAUUUCUAACUUUUUUUUUGUUUAUUUCUAAAAUGUGCCACUGUUAAGCUGCCUCAUGUUAAUGGUGCUAAGAAAGUGAAAGUUUAUUUUAGUUCUUUAUUUCUUUAUUUUGAAGUUCAUUUAUAUAUAUAUAUAUAUAUAUAUAUACAUAUAUAUAUAUAUAUAUAUAUAUAUUUUUUUUUUUUUUCAUUUUUUUUCCCAGAAUAAAAAAAGAAAUGCAAAUUAGAUUAGGUACCUAACCCUCUUUAUGAAUGUAUAUUAUAAUGUUAUGUUUGAUGUAUUCACUUCAUGAUUCUUUGACACUGAUUGGAAUUUUGUUCGCUCUUUUCAUUAAAAGAUUACCGAGCUUUAUAUAUACUGUCUAGAGUUGUUACCUGAAGGAAUCUUAAUGAACUCUUGACACUACAAAAUCUUGUAUAUUUUUUGUGUGCCAAUUUGUAACAUAUUUUGUAAGUGUAUAUUUUUCUUAGAAAGUGCUGUGAAGUAUUUGUGUGUGUGUGAGUAACCUUUUAUGCACCUCUGUGGGCAGUGGAAAGGAUUAUACAGUGACAAGUUUCUGGUUUUAAAAACCAAAAUAUGAAAGUAUUGACAGAAAACUAGAAAUAUUUACAUUUUGUUGGGAGUUUUGUAAUAAGACCAUGAUUUUGUUGUGAGAGUGUUGUGUUACUGUGCAAAAACACAAUUAAGCAAUGAAAAAGAAAAAAAAAACUUGGAAAAAAUAUAAUUUGUGAACAAUUUGCUGUUUUAUAGAUUUUCAUGUAAAUUAUUUGAGUAUUAUUUUGUUUUUAUUUUUGUUUUUUCCUUUUCUUUUCUUUUUUGUUUUUUGUUGUAACUGUUGCAAAGGUUUUAAAUAUUUGUGAUCAAGCCUGUAUGGUGAUAAUGUAAUAUUGGUAACUUGCUGAGUUUUGUAAUAAUGUUUAUGGAGUAAAUAUACAAAUUAAAAUAAGAUUUUGAAUGCUGCUUUCUGAAGA